AUGUCAGUGCAGCAGGAAGGCAUCAAUAAAGUGGCCUCCGCCGCAGGGAACGCCAACCAUCACAACAAACGACCAGUGGUGCUCGUUUAUCCCACCGUAUCUCCGGAAACGGUGGUGGUGCCGAUCAUCUCGUGCAUCUUCGGCUUUCCGCUGUUGGCCCUGCUGGUCAUUUGCUGUUUGAGACGACGCGCCAAGAUGGCGCGCGAGCAGGCGCGCAGGCGCAACUGCGACACCGAACACGGUACAUACUCUAUUGUCAGAUUCAGUCCAAUACACUAUUUAGGUCGCUCGUCGAGGGCCAUUUCGUUGCGAUCGGAGCGCGGAAUGAGCCGGGGAUUCCCAUCGUUGGAAUUGGACACGGUGGUGGAGGAGCGUUCCGACGCCGACGCCGAGCCCGAUCAGACCGUCAUCGAGAUGAUGACGCCCGACGGCGAGAGCGAUUCCAAUCACAAGAUCAGAUAG